AUGGUCUGUCGCCCAGGGAUCCUGUGUCGUCGGCGACUUUGCCCUCGGCCCUUCUUGGUGGGCUUGGUGGUGGCCGGCUGUCUGUUCUAUCAGACCCUGACGCUCAGGGGGACAAGGAAGCUGACAGGUGCUGUCACCGGGGCUGCCCCAAACACACCCACCCCAACCCCGGCGAGUGGAUGCAAGAAAGGAUUCGCCCUGGACACACAGUGCUUCCCUCUGUCUGGUGAUGCCCAGGAGACCAGGAAGAUCGAAGAAUCGAUGAACACACGCUUUGGCAGUCAUGGCAGAAGAGCCAUACUCUACCGGCCUCCCUCCUACAGUAAAACAGAGCUUCAACUCCUGCAGCACCUCCUCAUGCAACAUCAUUACACCGUUGUCAUCGUGGAAGAAAAUCUUGGUGCCAGCCUUGGGCUGAGGCUGCGGGAACAAGAAAAUACAGUUUUGAAAUGUAACAAGGUAAAUAUAUUACCAGAAAUACAGCACCAGCUUUGCAGAAAGGAAGGAUUAUGCCAAAUAAUGAGAAGAUUUCCAGAAUUGCAACUUCCAGUCAGUCCCUCUGUGUGUCUGGAUCAGCAAACACAAUUAAAACCAAGAACUUCACGCCACCUUUUAAAAACAGUGAAGCCACAUAUGUGGAAACCAUGGGAUGGAAGACAUGAACAACUGAACCAAACAAGGGUUCUUGCUUCACAUGAAACCGUCUUAAGAGCGGAAGAUCUGUCUGUGAUUCUCAAGGCAUAUGUGUUGGUGACAUCCUUAACCCCUUUGCGUGCGUUCAUUCAUUCAACUGGCACAGUAUGGAAUCCACCAAAGAAAAAACGCUUCACUGUCAAGCUGCAAACAUUUUUUGAGACAUUCCUGAGGGCCAGUUCGCCUCUUCAGGCUUUUGGCAAUAUGAAGGAAGCAGUAAGCAAACUCUUGCUAGCAGCUGAAGUCUUCAGUGAAACGUCUACUCCAGGACCAAAGGCCUUCAAUAGAUGCAGAUUAUGUUUUCAACUUUUAACUUUUGACAUUGCUUAUGGCCGAUUCAGUUACCCUGUAAUUCUCCAGGUGCAUGAGAAUUUGAAUUUUCAAAGUGAUGAUAAUACGGAUUUUGAGGACCAAAACACAGAAGAAUUCCUUUUAAGAGAUACUUUCAAUUUUCUCUUGUCUAAUGAAUCUUCAUUUUCUCUAUUUUCUGAUAUAUUUCAGAGACUUUACAGGUCAGGUGUAUUUAAAAGUGAAAACUAUCCAAAGGAACUAAAUCCAUGCCUAUCUUUAGUGGAUAUUGACUCAAUUAUGACCUUCUUAAAGGAACUUGGGAGUCUGGGACAAUUCCAACUGCUCUUCCCAUCUACUAGUCCUGAGCUUCAAUCUUUGAUGCACGAAUUUUAUGACAUGGAAAAGCCUAUCGGGAAACCCGACUCAGUCCUGACCCAAUACUGGUCUCUUUUAAAUGCAUUUGAACAGUUUCAGCUCAUGAAUAAAAAGGCACAGCUACAUCCACUGGAAUGGAGGAUUUUCCCAGAGAAUGAGAAUGCUGAAAAACCACAAGUGCCAUAUGAUGCGAUUGAAAAUAAAAAAGCUGUAAUACCACAAAUUUUGAAUGACAUCAAAGAAAUACAUUGCAGUAAUGAUAAACACACACUAUGUCAUAUCAAGCAGGUCUUCACACAUCCACAUUUGGAAUUAAAUCCUGAAUUUAGUCCGAACAUCAAAGAUUAUUACUCUGAAGUCCCAUUUGAUGUGGUAACAGUGACAAUUGGAGCAGAGACUUCGAAGUGUCAGUGCAAGGUGCACCUGUAUGAGCAGGUGGGACCAAGCUUUGCCAGCUACCCUCUGGGAUUAGGGAUGAACACAAUCUCAAUGCUUGUGGUGGAUGAAUCUCCAGCCCAGGGGGAAACUGUGAUCGUGUACAGACUCACCAUCUACAGAGAAGACCGCCCAAGUCUGCCCUUGUUCGAGGACUUCACAGCUUGCGGUUUUGUGCAGGAUUGUGGUUUGUGGAUUCACCCAGAGGAGACCUGUGGGUUACAGCCUAUUUCCUCGGACUACAUUGAAGCCAUUUCACAGCCUGAACUAAAGCUUUGUCCAUCUGGGGACACAAAAGGGCAGUGGAUUGUGCCUUGUCUUAGUUGUUCAGACAACAGGACUUGUGACUGGAGAGAAAUAACUUGGCAACCCCACAAUUGCCGAUACGGUAUCCUGACAAAGCCUCAGCUUCAGCAGUGCCUGCGAGGAAGGAAGAUUCUUUUCAUUGGAGACUCAACCAACAGGGGGAUAAUGUACUAUUUGAUUGAAAGACUGAAUGAAACCCUGCAGGAAUGGCAAAAGGUGCAUGGCACUAAAUUCUAUCACAACGUCAAUGGUGGGAAGACUUUGAUCAGUUAUUCCUACUAUCCCCAGUUCUGGAUAAGCCCUUCAUUGAGACCAACAUUUGAAAAAGCACUUGAACAUCUCUUGCAAAGAUCACGUCCCCUAGAGAAUACAGGCCAGACUGUACUCGUUGUUGGUGGUGUUCAGUGGCUUAAUUCUUACCACCUGCAAAUUAUUCACAAGGUUUUGAAGAGGGAAAAUUUACCCAAUAUCCUGGUUAUCAUCAAAACUUUGGGAAUUGGAUUUCAUCUGCCAGUGGACGGAGUGCAUUUUUUAACUAAGAGUGAAGUGCAGAACUUAGGGAAGGAGAAUUUGAUUAUUCUGGAUGCUGCAAAGAAGUAUGGCUAUGAAGUGGUUGAUACCUUCACUGUAACAAUGGGACGGUACAAAGAGUUCCUGCAGGGGAAAUGUGGAUGUCAUUUCCAUGAGGUAGUGAAAUCAAAGUUUUCCGAAGAAUAUCCCUUUAUUAAAAUGAAGCAAUCAAGGAACCAUAUUGUGGGAAAGUAUUUCAGCAAUCAAAACAAACUUCAACAACUACAAGGCUCUGUAACAAACUUUCAAUCUCCAUAUCACGUCAGAGGUCCCAUUAAUCAGGUUUGUUCUGAGAUCCUUCUCAGCAGGAUGUGUGCGAGUAAAAGGACUGUGUAG